GAGAGAGCGGUCGAGAGAGCCUGGCGGAGUGCGGCGAGCCGAUGGGGGACCGUGAGGCUGGCGGACUGUCGGAGCCUCUGCAGUAUCUGAGCUGAAAAAACAGAAGCGCUGCUGCUGCCGCGGCUCUGAGAAAACCCACCGCACCCGAACGCACCGGGCCGGGCGGGUUCUGCCGGUCCAGGUGUGCCAGGAGGUGAAAGCUCGGACGAACAGAAGAAUCCGGAUCGUCGAUCGUUCAUCCGCCGUCUAUCCCGGAGAUAUCGCGCAGAAACCCCCGCCGGUGGUACGGACAGACACGGUGUCCCGGUCCAGCUCACCGCGGACCUGCAGCGGCACAGCGCGGCUCGUGUUCCCGGGUUUUCCGCCCACGGACCGCACUCGGUCCCGCGGCCGUCGCUCGGUGUUUGCGCGGCGGCUGCAGACGGAGCGGAGAGGCGGGGGAGGACGCGCUGCAGCCGGGGAGGAGCGGCCGACGGCCGCGGCCACACGAAGCUGGUUUCUGGGACAUUUUCUGCCUAAAAGGAGGUUAGAGUCGCGGUGAAGAGAGAGAGGGAGGAUAGAGGUCUCUUCACCGCCCACCUCCACCGCUCCUCCACCAGCACCUCCUCCCCCACCACCAAUGGGUUAAAACCGUCCGGUUCUCCCAGAGCAGCCGUCCAGAGGGUCCGCUCACACCUGCUCACACCUGCCCACCCCCACCUGCGGGGGCAGUAUGAUGUAGCAGCCACCCCCCCCACGUCUGUCUCUCUGCAUCACCAUCUACAGCCCCCCUCCACCCACCAGUGCCCCCACCCAGCGGCCCAUCAUGCCGGCGGGGAUGAAACCGCUGGAGAAGUUCCUGAAGAAGCAGACCACGGCGCUGACCCGGGCCGGGGGCUUUGUUGGCGGGGUGGCGGACAAGGCCAGCGGGGGGACCGGGGCGUCCCGCCGGAGGGCCAGCCUGUCCCGGGUCGUUCCGUUCUUCAGGGAGACGUCUCCGGAGAGUGGCCAGGCUCGGGAGGUGUUCAGCCCCGACAGCGAGGACCCCCCCUCCUGGCCCUCGGCCACAGGGACCGGUCUGGUCUCUGUGCCCAGCAGCGCUAACGGCUCCGGCUCCGGCUCCGGUUCCGGUUCUGGUUCCGGAGGAGGCGAUGUCCGCAGUCCGUCUCUGUCCAGCGACGAGCAGAGCUCAGAGGCCAGUCUGAUCACAGAGACCAGCAGCAGCGGAGGAGGAGGAGGAGGAGGAGGAGGAGGAGGGACGCCUCUUCCUCCUGACACACCGGACAACCUGACCCUGUCUGUGCUGGACAGCGUGGCGGGGAAACGUCACGGACACUGCACAGAAACCCUGCUGGAUGACUUCAUGUUGACGCAUCCCAUCUUCCUGACGGCGGACAGGUUACAGCAGGUCCUGCUGCAGCAAUUCUCUCUGGAGGCGGAGGGGAAGGAGGGAGAGGGGCGAGGGAGGGAGGCGGAGGAGAGGAAGCAGGCAGUGCUGAACGUAGCGUUUCGAUACCUGGACACCUACAGAGAGCUGCUGCAGGAGGAGGGGGAGCGAAGCAACAGCUUCCCCAAGGAGCUGUACCUGUGUGCGGUUCAGGAGUUGAGUCGGUAUCCUGAGCUGGUGGAAGACGUCCUCAAACUACAGCGAUGGACCGAGAUCUUACACUGCCCCUCUGAUGAGGAGAAGGAGAGCAGGAAGAAGCAGGUUCGUCCUCUGUUCAGACACUUCAGACGCAUCGACGCCUGUCUGCAGCCCAGAGAGGCCUUCAGAGGCUCGGAUGAGAUCUUCUGCAGGGUCUACACUCCCGAUCAUUCCUACGUCACCAUCAGGAGUCGUCUGUCCUGUCGGGUCGGAGAGAUUCUGGCUCUGGUCCGAGAGAAACUCCAGUACAGCGAAGACCAACCGGUUCUGCCGGGGAACCUCAUCCUGGUGGCGGUCACGUCGGCCGGAGAGAAGGCGGUGUUUCGUCCCAGCGACGAGGCCGUGUUCACCACGCUGGGAGUCAACACUCACCUGUUUGCCUGCGAAGCCUCCGAGCUCGAGUCGCUGCUUCCUCUGCCCGAGGAGAUCCACUGGUCGCCAGGUGACAGCAAACUCCACGACAUGUCAGCAGAGGAGGUAGCCAAUCAGCUGGUGGUGUUUGACUGGGAGCUCUUCAGCUGCGUGCACGAGGUGGAGUUCGUGUGUUACGUGUUUCACGGAGAGCAGUCCCGCUGGCGCCCCCUAAACCUGGAGCUGGUCCUGCAGCGCUGCAGCGAGGUGCAGCACUGGGUCGCCACGGAGAUCCUGCAGUGUCAGUCGCUGCCAAAGAGGAUCCAGCUGCUCCGCAAGUUCAUCAAGAUCGCAGCACUCUGUAAGCAGCAGCAGGACCUGCUGUCCUUCCUCGCUGUGGUUCUGGGUUUAGACAACCCCGCUGUCAACAGGCUGCGACUCACCUGGGAGGGUCUCCCGGGGAAGUUCAGGAAGCAGUUUCAGCAGUUUGAGAGCAUCGCGGACCCAUCCAGGAACCAUAAGUCCUACAGAGACCUGAUCACCAGCCUGAGACCUCCACUGAUCCCCUUCACACCCCUGCUGCUAAAAGACUUGACGUUCCUUCACGAGAGCUGCAAGACGUUUCACGGCGAACUCGUCAACUUCGAGAAGAUGCAUAAAGUGGCAGAGAUGGUGAGGACCAUCAGACGAUACAGGAGCAGCCAGCUAGCCAUGGAUACAGAGACGUCCCCCUCGCACCUGCAGACGAAGGCCUACGUCCGCCAGUUACAGGUGAUCGACAACCAGAACCUGCUGUUCGACAUGUCCUGCAAACUGGAGCCCAAAGACACAUAAAGGGGACAGACAGGAGGCAAAGAAAGAGACAAAAAAGAGACUGAUGAUGAGGAGGAAGAGGAGGAGGACGAAGGUGUGCAAGCAAUCUGUGUCCAGGAACAAUAAAGCUGAUGGACGGAGAGUUUGGGGCAGAAUGAGACAGAAAUAAUGGACGGAGUCUCACACUGGAGCUGAAAACCUCCUAAUUCUUCCUCCUCCUCCUCCUCUUCAUGUACCUUCUUCUCCUCCUUUACCCACCACUUUGACUGCUUCCUCCUUUCUCCCUCCACCGCCCUGACAACCACCAACACCCAGAGAGACGCACGGAGGCGCCGAGACUCGUCAUGAGCCGCUGUUCCAGACCACGACCCGUCAGAGUUCCUGUUUUAAUCUCGACCAUUUUAUCGCUAAAACCUGCAGUCCGUCACUCUGGGACGCUGCUGAAACAUUGGUGAAGGUCUGCUGGGGGCGGGGGUAAAGAACGAUCAGAGACGGUAUUCAGCAGCCUAAACGGUGCGUUUGAGACCCUCUAGUGUGGAUCAGGAUUUGGAGGCGUUGCCCUUCAACACUAAUUAAAAAAUAGAAGAGACAACAAGUGUUUGUGACCCAAGACGAGGAUCCAGAACCCCCCGUGUUCACCACUCAGGACCAGAGCAGAGGCUGAAACACAAGAGGCCUCAGAGGGGAAACUGAUGAGAACUUGAUCCUCACAUGCAGCCAUGACAGCAAACCGGGACGUUAAAACAAUGUGAGCAUCCAACAGCCAGCAAAGACCCCAGACUGACCCCAAAACAGUACUUUCAUUUUCAGUUAAGACGAGACCUCAACGAUCUCAGAGCAGCAUCGGUCUACAGAGGCAGAAAUCAGAUCAGCUGUUUUAAAUAAGAAUCGAAGUCAAUGACGUUCUGAAGUUAAACGUGUCACAGUGCGACAUCACCUGGCACCACUGGAGCCUCGUGUACGAAGCUGUGCAGGUAAGAGGACGAGGUCUAGUAGUGCAAAGAGCAUCGACGGUAGAAGACGUGAAGGUGACAAUAAGCAGCUGCCGAAGGCUCGCCGCCAUCUUUCAGUCAGUGUUUAGCUACUGAAGCUAAAGUUGUACAGACCAGAGUGGAACGUUACGUUGAAACCUGCAUUUGAACCUGAAUAACAUCUAAACUGAUUCAACAGACACUCAAUCACAACCUGUUUGCUCAUUGGCUGCAUGUCAGGAAGUGAUGGUGAAGCCUGUUCUGAGAUCAGUUUCUAACCUGAGGCCUGAAGUCAGCCAUCCAGAUCGAGGAACACGUCACGUAACAUCCGAGAGAUGAACACCGGCUAAACUAAACGCCAGUGAUUCCAGUGAUCAUGACAGAACAGCAGCGAAGAAGAUGAAGAAAUGAAUCGGACUCUUCUUCACCCCGCGGUUACAUCCCGUGAUCACCUGACUGACACCUGCUGACCUCUGACUCGUCCAGUGAGCAGCCCCCACCCUGACGCUCAGCUAGCAUUCUGUGGAAACCAGAAUGAAUCAGUAUUGGCCCAAAUAUAAGACGCCAUGUCUGCUGGGAGGAGUUUGGGUUGUUUUAUAUCAGACAGAUUGGAGUUUCAUCACAGGCUGUUCGUAGCAUUAAUGUCGCUACGCUAGCCAGUGUUAAUUUAAGUCAGCAGUAAAAGUGUUCAUGAAACUCAGUUUGGGGGUUUCUGAUGGUUCAUGUUUUGGUUCCUGAAGAGUAAAAUUAGUCAAAAGUGUUUCGUCAGUCUGCCAUGAAGGAGGCAUCCACAUCGCCUUCAGUUCACAGCUUCACGUCCAUCAGUUAUAUUUCUGUUCCACUUCGAUGGUUUCAGCUCAUGUUUCUCUUUAAGCGAGAAGAAGCUUGAAGGAUGAGGGGGGGUCUUAUACUUGGGUCAAUAUGGUUCUUCUGCGAGGACGCACGUAAACUGUCCGGAUCUACGCAGAGAAAGGUGUCGUGGUUACAGUCGGUUAAAACCAAACAACAACACGCUGCCCGUCAACCAGCUGAUUGGUCGAUCCACUUCCUGUUUGGGAGGCAGAUUAGAAAUGAAACAUGAACUGAAGCAGACGUUCACUAGAACCACGAAGUUAACAUCUCUGACCAACAACAAGCAGACGGAGCAAAUGUUUUAAACACACCUGAGGACACGAAAACAGUUUGUUCACCAACAAAUCCUCGAGCAAACGUGGACUCACGGCGUGCAGCGGCGGUUUUAGUCUCCGGCACCUUUCUGAGGUUUUGCAGCACAAAUCUCUGCAGGAACAAACAGACAUGAAACAAAUCAAGUCAGAAAUCUCACCUGUACUUCAGAACUCAGUAUAUUUUUCCAUCGAAUUAAUGAAGCGACACAAUGGACACCCUGAGGAUCUGCACCUGAACUCAGGUAUGGUUGGUUGUUUCAUGGUUUACUGCAGUGGUGGGGGCCGUCAGGCUGACCUCUGAUCUGUGUCACACAGAGCAGUCAGGAACUCGUUUCUUUACGUGAUUCCUCCGUGAUUUAAGCUAAUCAUGACGGUGCGUUCACUGACAGUCUGUGUGACGGACACUUUGGGACAUGGGUCACGGUGCGUUCAUGGACUCAGAUCACAUGACAGGACUGACCGGUCAGGAUUCGUCCUUGCUGGAGCAGGAUGUGUAGAUGCUGGUUUUCUACCGAAUGUGAUCUCAGUUUCAGUCCGAAGACGUUCGUCAACUCUUCGGUCUUCUCUUUUGUUUCGGGACCGUGAUGAUGAACGUCAUCAUUAAACGAGUCUCGGUGUUCUGUGCUCCGACGGGAUCAACAGAAUUCACAUCGUCAACACUUUAAAGGACCAUUCUGCUGUUUUUGUAUGCUUUAACCCGUUUAACCCAAACCUCUCCGUCCUUUCUCAGCACUGUUUUCCAGUUUGGUUCAGUUCAUUUCAAAUCCACGCGAAGGCCAGAUCUCGUUAUCGCCGUAUCUAUCAGUCGAUAAGUGAUUUUCAAAAUGUCAAAGAUGAGGUUGAUGUCAUUUACAGACAGAGUUUGUCCAGCAGAGAGCUCUGACAGCUUUAUUUUUACUCUAUAAGAUGUUACAGGAAACACCGGCCACGACGCUUUACGACAAAAUAAAAUGGUAUAACAGGUUAGAACAUUAUUAUCCAACAUUUUAACAUGUUAAUAAAGUUUCAGAGCAGCCAAAUGAAGUUCAGCACACUUCAGGAAACUGUUUCUAAAACUUAUAGAUACUUUAAAUAUUUGACAUUAUUUAAAGUAAUCGUUUCUGGCGACGUCGUUUUAGAAGACAAAUUUAAAAAAUAGCAAACAUUUCUUCAAUCUCAGUCGCAGAGAAACAAACUUUAAAUAUCCUGCAAAGUUCUGUCACCAGAACAUUUGAUGCUACCAGGAACUCCACAGAGGACCUUUAAGAACCACAUUCAGGGGCUUUGAAUAAGAAGAAUAAUGUGUUUACAGUAAAGAGCUGAUAUCAGAUAAUGACGCCACACUGAUACCAAUAUUGUUGUUAGUAGACCUCAACCAGCACGUCUGACUAAACGUUUGAAAAAGUCCAUCGUGAGUUUUUGAAAUGAACUAAACGACAGCGUCUAAAAUGUUUUGGAAAACAGUGAAUGGUGGUGAGAGUCGGAGUAAACGGGCUGAAACGUGCGAACACACGCGGCGUAAAUAAUCACAAGCUGAUUGAACUGAUCGUCACACGGCAGCCAAUCAGCUCUGCUUACGGGAUGACAUCAUACCGGAGAGACUCACACAAACAAACGGAAGUUGACAGGAAAACUACUUCUCCUCGCCGAACGACCAAUCUGCUUCAAGGAAGGACCCGACCGGCCCCGCGGAGCCGCGCCGCCGUCGGUCAGUCCGGUGGAUCGGCGGGUCGAGGUCCGAGGAGGGUCGAGGUCCGAGGAGGGUCGAGGUCCGAGGCAAUAACCGAGCGACAGGAAGCGAAGCCGGUCGGUCAACUCGUCGCAGCAACGAAGCACUUUUGCCAAACCUCAGGGCUCAGAGACACUGAGAGGUUUUGUUUACUCUUUAUUCUAGUUUUCAGUCGAGUUCGGUUCAGUUGAGUCCAGUUGUGUUGCGAUCGAUCGGUUCUGUGUUUGUACAGCUGAUCACACUUCAGUCAUAUUUACUAUAAUAACAAAUCUGCAGAGUUGUUGUUUUUCUGCCGCGAUCACCACCAGGUCCGGGUCCAGCCGGUCCCCACGGAAACAUGGUCCACGUGGUUUUUGAGUCACUGUAAAAACCUUCAUCUGAAGUCGUUUUGUCUGAGUCCGACGGGCCCACACCAGGCAGACCGGGACCCGCUUCACAAACACAGUCAACACUGUUCACAAGCACGUCACGUGAUCGCCAGCGUCAAACUUCACAGAUGACUGAAGCUCAAACAUGAGAUAAAAACAGGAAACUGUAAUCAUCAACGAAACGCAGAGCGGGUUUUCAGUCGUCAGAGUUUCACCUCUCUGACAUUCAAACGAUGUGAAGAGUCGGCUCGUGACAGAACGACUGAUGAUGAAGGCUUUCUCUGCACUGAGGAGUUUCACUCGAACGUCGUUCCAGCUGCUCGUCAACAUCCGUCUCUGCUCACAAACCCCGAGAUUCUCAGAAGAUUUAAUAUUUUAACAAAAAGUCAUGACUUCAUGACCAAAGCUGUCAGAUGACGUCAGGUCAGGGAGAAAUUCAUGGUGGAAUUUUACCAGAAGAAUCCUGAUAUGGUGACAAAGAUUGAAGCUGAAGAAAAAUGUUUCUAAUAAUACUCUGACACAGUUUGUUUGCUGGAAGUCUUUCACUCGUGUCUGAUUUCUGUUGAAGCUACAAUAAGUUGGGUAUUUAAAGUAGUCCUCAGUGAGCCGUUCACUCGACGUCUUUGCGGUCCGGAUGAAACUCUUCAGUGCCCCGGGACGGUGGUUCUGCUCUCUGUGCUCAGCUGUGGUGGCCAGCGAGACCUCGUCAUUCUCCAUCUGUACCAUAGCAUCCUGUUUGUGAAAGCUCAGUCAGGCUGAUCCCGUCCAGAAACAAGCCCCCCCCCCUCCCCAUGUAGGACCAGGACCAGGACCAGGUGUGGUCUCUAUGAAGUCCAGCAGUCAGACCCAACAACUUACAGUUCAAGGGUUUUAUGUCUUUCAGAUGUUGUUUUGGUAGUUUUUGGACUCCAUGGAGACGCAGACCAAACAGUAUUUAGUUUAAAGACUGAUUGAGCUCCAGUUUAAAGGCUGGUCUGUUUUACUCGUAACCCCACCCACCAGUGAUGUCACACUGCACUGACCACUCCCUCAGUACAACAGUACAUCACUGCAGCAUCAAGCGUUUCAGCUGCUGAUAGGCUGCACUCAGCAUCUAUUUGAUUUAGCAGUUUUAUCAUAAAUGACGUGCUGUGAAGGAGCAGUCUGACGUUUCCUCUCACCUCACAUUGUUUGGUCGUUCUGCCAUCAGGUUUUUACAACAGGCGAGUCUGACUGGCGUGAAACUUCACAGAACCCUGAAGAGUCCCCCAAACAUUUUAAACAGAUGAUGUGCUUCAUUCUGGACGGGACGAAACCUGCGAAGCGUCUCCUUUUUGACCAGACCUUUCAUCCAAUAUGGAGUCUUACAAUCUUUUUCUCAAAACAUAACAUUUUUUUCCCAGAAUUCCCACAAACAGGAGGUCAAACAUGAACUCUUGAGUUCGUGGGUUUCAGUUCAAAUUGACGUGAUUUCAAACUCUUUAAAAAAACGAGUGUGAGUUUGAGUUUUUAGGACCUCACAGAAACACCAGACCGAGAGAGGCCUGUUGUGGUUUCUCAUGUUUCCAGUAGAGUUACUUAUUGAAGGACGCCCCCCCCCCUCUUCAGAUCAGCACAGGUCUGACAGGACUCCGUAUUUGUUGUUAAGGUCUUGUCGAGGCGGACGCUUGUGGCGGUCAGGUCGGGUACAAAGUGUAAAACCCAGCGAAGAUGACAUCAUCACUAGUCUGCCGGUGGCUCUCUCAGGACCACUUCCUGGGUGUCGGGCGCUCCAUUAUGGAUCCCAGUGGAAUUCUGGGCAGAAACAGAAGUCCUGAAUUUUAACCAUUUUCAAUAUUUAAUCUAAACUAAACUGACCAAACCUCCGGUUUUUUGGACCAAUCACAGCUUCUGCCUGUAAUUCUGCUGGGAGGCAUAAUUUUGGGAGGCGGGCGGCCUCUUGGGUCGAGGCCGUCCGCUGAGCCGCCCGCAUGAAAACACUGAAAGAAUAAAAACGUGUACAUAGUGCAACCUUGUAAAUAAGCAAAUACUAACGGAGACUAUAUUUUAGGUAUGAGCUGAGCGAGAGUGGCGCUAACUCAAGGAGAAAUAUUUCAUUUGAAGUUUUGUAAAGGUGAGAGCGUGUACAGCGACGGUGGAAAGAGGAAGUCCUGAUGAUGAAUUAUGAUUUUCUGAAUUGUACAGUUGAAUCCUUCAGUUUGGUUGUUCUGUUGUUUUCUAUCUAAAGCUUGGGGUCGUUUCUGUUCGGGCUUUUUGUACAGAAGUGGUUGUUUACAUCGAUAAGUCCUUAUUUCUGUCAGCGUCAGACAGACGAUGUGAUUGGAGCACAGGCCUGGGGGUAGGCGGGGCCUGGAGGGUCGGCGUCAUAGGGACAGAAAUUUAGGAGAAAAUCUGGGGGUGGAGUUUGCUGUGAUGUACGAUGGAGCAGAAGAGUGACUGUUAGAAUAAAAUCUAAUCAAAUAAAGUUUAAAUAUUUUGAGAAAAAAGCCAAAAAUGAAAUGAAGUUUAGUUUAAAAUAAAGUUCUAAUUGUGUGUGAAUAAAGUCAAUAUGGCAAGAAUGAAGUCCCAUUAAUUAAAUCUUCAUUUAGUCUUAAAUAUGUCACGGUUUGAGUUUGAGUAAACAAAACAAAAUAGAAAACAAAUAUCAUUUUACAAAACUAAGUUGUAAUUUUAUGAGAAAAGUCUGAUUUUUAGAGAAGUAGGUUGUAAUUUUAGUUCCAUUAAAGCUGUAUUAUAAGAUGGGCAUAAUUACAAUAAAACUAUAAAAGAAUAUUCAUACGUCAUGAUUUUAUGGGAAAAGGUUCAUGAGAAAGAGUCAUAACAUGAGAUUAAGUUGUAAUUUUGCCAGAAACAAACAAACUUUGUUCAAAUAUAUCCAAAGCUUUGUUCUCAAAGGCUUUCCUCAUGUGAAGAGACCUUUUUCAUAUUAAAACUUCUUUAAUUCCAAACUCAGAAUAUUUCAACAUUUUUCUCAACUCGUUUACUUUUACAAAAUUACAACAAAGAAAAUGACUUUUUCCCUCCAUGAUUUUAUUAAUUUUAUGUCUUUUUUCUCAAAACAUUUUUUUGUCUUGUGAAACAGACAGAAUUUGUAAAGUUAUUGAUCUGAAGCCCAGCAGCAGUGACUGAAAGGAACAGAUCUGAACGUGGUCUCCUCCAGACUUGUUGCUCCCCCUGCUGUCACACUACAGACACUGAAAUAAAACCUCUGGAC